AUGCUUCUCGUAAUCGAUGCGGAAACCAUGAAAGAGAUUGGUCGGGCGUUUGUUCCCAUAUCAAUUCCGUUUGGCUUCCACAACAGGUUCUACUCAAAGGUUGAUCUCGGCUUACCGGAAGGCUUCUCUGUGAACAACGUUGUUAAUCACUUCAGACCAUCUGAGACUAAGAUGGGCUAUGUGACGCUGCCACUGAGGAAGAUUAGCACUUCUCACUCCCCUACGACUAGCUCCACCUUCGCCCCAUCAACACAGACUACAAGAAGAUUCGAGACAAUAAAAGUCGAAUCCCCGAAGACCACUCACAGCGAGGCUCCAGCGACAGUCACGACCCAAGCAUGGACACCACCAACUACGCAGGCGAGAACAACGACCGGUGAGGCACAAACUACGACUCUCUCUUGUCAUCCUUGA